AUGGCGGAAGUCAAAGUAUGCUUCGCUUUGCAGCUCCUGUCUACGCUUCUAAAUGAUUUCAAUUCGCAAGCAGGAAUGGAGUCAGUGAAUAAACACCGAAAAGGCAUCGCUCUAUUCCGUGACUCCCAUAUUUUUGAGAUUUUCGAAACCUCCGUGUCGCUCUUGGAGGCUAUUUCACGAAAGGAUCUUGCUUCUUUGCAGAUUUUACACAUUGGUGUUCAACUAGCCAGUGUUCGCCGAACAUUGUUCAAUGGAAGUGAACGCCAGACUUAUCUAGAGCAUGUUGUAGCGGGAGUAAAGCGAGUAAUAGAAAAUCCUGAGAAACUGACUGAGCAGCCUGCGUUCCACGAGUUCUGCAGAAUGGUGUCUCGUUUGAAGACCAAUUUCCAAUUGUGCGAACUAAUAAAAGUGCCUGAUUAUGCUGCUGUAAUGCGACUUCUAGCACAGUUCACUGUGGAAAGCCUACGGAUGAUGGAUCUUUCCGCAAACAGUACCUAUUUUCUGUUGACAUUUUGGCAACGUAUGGUCACUUCUGUUCCAUAUGUUCGCAGCAGUGAAGAUCAUCUACUUAAUCUAUGUUGCCCUGAGAUUAUGACGGCGUUUGUGGAGAGCCGAUUGCAGAACGUUGAAAGAGUUGUGAGAGACGGCAUGAUGACCCUUGAAGAUCAAGGAGCGACACUCCAAAUAAUGGAGCACUUAGCGAUUAUAUGUCGAUGCGAGUAUGAGAAGACUGCACAACUGCUAGCAAACGCUUUCGACGAAAAUGCGAGAAUUAUGGAAGCAGGACCAGAGGGGGAUAUUCGAGUUGUUAUCGCGGAAGGUAGGCUUGUAUGGUUGGUAACAUUGAUUGGUACUGCAGUUUUUGGAAAAACGGCUGUGUCAAAUAACGAGGAGCACGACAAAAUGGAUGGAGAUCUUGUGGCGAGGUGCCUAAAAUUCAUGCGAAUCAGUGACAAUCGACUUAUCUUUCCUACAACAGUUAACGCCAAUCCAGGGAAAGGAAAUGUUCGUCUUGAGGUGGCCUUCAUUCAUCUUCUAGAACAGUUCCGUCGUGCAUAUAUUAUGGACCAGGUAUUGUACUUCUGUGCACCUUCGCAUGCUUUCCUAUCCAUAUUCAUGUCUUUAACAGAUAACCCAACUCGACCCUGUCUAUACAAGCUAAACACGGAGUUAGGUGUUUCUGACGAAACAGAUAUGCUCAGUGUUAUUGUUCAGAAAAUUCUAACAAACCUGAAGUACUGGGCAACAAAUGAGCAGAUUCUGGAGCUGUCAUUAUCUCUCCUGAAGGAUCUUUCACUAGGAUAUACAGCAGUUCGAAAGUUGUUUCGAUUACAGGAAGUUCAACUGCUUCUCAGUAAUCACACGGUAAGAAUAAUGUUUACCACGCAGAAGGAUGUGGAUUUGUUGGUGUUCGAAACUGGAACUUUCACGGUGUGCUUGCAGGCCGAACAUUUUGUAUUUCUUGGACAAUCUGUACCAUAUUCGACAAUGAAACAUCGUACCGUUUUCUAUGAGGCACUUACGCGUCUCCUUACCAUUGAUCUCAACGAUGAUGAACAGUUAUUUGAACAGUUUAUGCAACCACUAGCAGCGACCAGCCGGGAAUUGACCGCGAUAAUGACCACACCGAACUAUAAUGGAGCGGUUAGUCAAGAGGAGCUCAAGAGAGUCGUCGUAGGAUUGUGUCGCGAUCUACGGGGUGUUGCCGUCGCGUGUACUACAAAGAAUCUGUUCCAG